AUGCAGGACGCCUGGACUGCUCGCAAAGCUGAGGAGAUCCAAGGCUACGCGGACCGCAACGAAUGGAAGAACUUCUUCUCUGCGAUCAAAGCUGUCUACGGUCCGCCGACGAAGGGCACUGCUCCUCUCCUCAGCGCCGACGGCAGCACUCUCCUGACUGAGAAGACGCAAAUCCUACAGCGAUGGGCCGAGCAUUUUCGAGGCGUCCUCAACCGCCCUUCCGUCAUCUCCGACGCCGCCAUCGCCCGCUUGCCGCAAGUGGAGACCAACGCGGACCUCGACCUCCCGCCAUUUCUCCAGGAGACCAUCAGGGCCGUGCAGCAGCUCUCCAGUGGAAAAGCACCCGGAUCGGACGCAAUCCCUGCUGAGUUCUACAAGCACGGAGGUCCCCUACUGAUGGAUCACCUGACUGCGCUCUUCCAGGAGAUGUGGCGUCAAGGUGAAGUCCCGCAAGAUUUCAAGGACGCAACUAUCGUGCACCUAUACAAGCGAAAAGGGAAUCGCCAAGCCUGCGACAAUCACCGCGGCAUCUCCCUGCUGAACAUCGCCGGGAAGAUCUUCGCACGAAUCCGCAAUAACCAUCUGGAACGGGGCCUUCUGCCGGAAAGCCAAUGCGGCUUCCGUCGUCAUCGUGGGACCACGGAUAUUAUCUUCGCCGCCCGUCAACUUCAGGAGAAGUGUCAGGAGAUGCGGACCCACCUGUACUCUACCUUCGUGGACCUGACGAAUGCCUUCGACACGGUGAAUCGUGAAGGACUGUGGAAGAUCAUGCAGAAAUUCGGCUGUCCGGAGCGAUUCACUCAGAUGAUGCGUCAGCUGCACGACGGUAUGAUGGCGCGAGUCACGGGCAACGGAGCUGUCUCAGAGGCAUUCGCAGUGACCAGUGGAGUGAAGCAGGGCUGCGAACUGGCGCCUACCCUCUUCAGUCUUAUGUUCUCUGCCAUGCUGAUGGACGCCUACCGCGACGAACGCCCCGGGAUCCGCAUCGCCUACAGGAAGGACGGUCACCUGCUGAAUCAACUGCGGAUGCACUUCCAAUCGCGCGUAUCCCCAACCACCGUUCACGAACUCCUCUUCGCCGACGACUGCGCCCUACACACCACCUCAGAAGAGGAGAUGCAACGGAACAUGGACCUGUUCUCCGCCGCCUGCGAGAACUUCAGUCUGGUCAUUAACACGCAGAAGACGGUGAUGAUGCACCAACCACCACCCAACUCAGCCACAGCCCCCAACGCGCCGCCGCAAAUCAGCGUGAACGGAACCCAACUGCAAGUGGUGGAGAACUUCCCGUACCUGGGCAGUACUCUCUCCCGCAACACCAAGAUCGACGACGAAGUCGCCAACAGGAUCUCGAAAGCCAGUCAAACCUUCGGUCGCCUCCGAAGCACAGUUUGGAAUCGCCACGGUCUUCAGCUGAGCACGAAGCUGAAGAUGUACAAGGCCGUCAUCCUGCCGACACUACUGUAUGGAGCGGAGACUUGGACGGUGUAUGCAAAGCAGGCACGUCGUCUGAACCACUUCCACCUCAGUUGUCUUCGUCGUAUCCUGAGGCUAAAGUGGCAGGAUCGAAUCCCCGACACUGAUGUACUGGAACGGACGGGAAUCCUUAGCAUGUACGCCAUACUGAGGCAAAUGCAGCUGCGCUGGAGCGGCCAGCUGGUGCGCAUGGACGACGAGCGACUACCCAAACGACUCUUCUACGGAGACGUCGCGACGGGUUCUCGCCGUCAAGGAGACCAGAUUCGCCGUUACAAGGAUACCCUGAAGUCCUCCCUGAAAUGCCUGCAAAUCAACCCGACCAACUGGGAGGAGCUCGCACUCGAUCGACCGACCUGGAGGAGGACAGUGAAGACAGGCGCUGCGACCUACGAAGCCAACCGCAUCGCUGCCGCCAAAGCGAAACGUGAAGCCCGCAAAUCACAUCUUCGCCCAGUAAGCAACGUCGCCGCACAACCGCUUCCAACGUGUCCUCGAUGUCAACGGACAUUCCGGGCUCGAAUCGGACUUGUUGGACAUCUUCGGAUUAACUGCGCCUCUAGAACGGCACCAACCAUCGUCCACCGCCUGCCUCUUCCUCCUCCUCUCCCCCGCCAACUAACCCUGACAAUUGUUCUGACCAACCACUUCCAUCAUCCUCCUCCUCCUCCUCGUCGUCGUCGCCCACUGCUCCAACGGCGGCCGCUCAGGCGACUGUCCCGCGCACAACAACCGACACUACCACCACCUCCCCCGACUCCAGGGAUGAGGAUCAGAACUACACCUGCCCUCACUGCGACCGUACCUUCACCUCACACAUCGGCCUGGUCGGUCACUUGCGAAUCCAUCGCACAGAGACUGGCGAACCAGUGCGUGAAGCACCAACCUACACCCACCGCACUCGUCUCCACUGCCCACACUGCCCUCGCACCUUCAGGCAUCGCAUGGGUCUAUUCGGCCACAUGCGCAUUCACGAGAGCGGAAUUGACCACAAUUCUGACACACCCGCCACAUCCAACACAUCCACCGUGCACACCCCCACCCUCGUUCCAUCCGUCCGCGCCACCACCACCACCACCGCCUCCUCUGUAGCUGACACUGACACCGCCGACUUCUCAUGCCCACACUGUCCACGCACAUUCACCUCACGCAUCGGCCUGGUCGGUCACUUGCGAAUCCAUCGCACAGAGACUGCCGAACCAGUGCCUGAAGCACCCACCUAUACCCCCCAAGCUCGUCUCAACUGCCCAUACUGCCCUCGCACUUUCAGGCAUCGCAUGGGCCUAUUCGGCCACAUGCGCAUCCACGACGACCUGCAGUAA